CUACUUAUUAAAAACGCUUUGACCUUAAAAAAAAAAAAAAAAAAAGAAAACAAAACAAAAUUUUCGUACUAUAUAAUCCUCUUGUUGCUGGGACUAAAAUCAAUGUUCCGUUAAUCCCUAAAACUCUUUUCCAUUUGAUGAUUCUCUUCCGAUAAUAUUUCUAUAAUUUAUUUUAUCUUUAUUUUUCACCCACAUCCGAAAAAAAAUCCCCAAUAAUUUAUUCUUAAACCCUAAAUUUUUUAAUUAAAAAUUCUGAUCAUGGAUUCCGAUCACGAUGAUCCUAUUUAUAAUUCCGAUGAUGAUGUUUAUGUUGACGAUGAUGAUGAUCAUCAUGUCGAUGAUGAUGAUGAUGAUGGUUCGAAUGCUGUGAUGAAUGAUGAUGAUGAUGAACAUCACGUGACUGAAAAAACUCAUGUUGUAUUAAAAGAAGAAGAUUUGAUUCAACGCGUAGAACAAGAUGUUAAUAAGGUUACCUCUGUUUUAUCUGUUAAUAAACAUAUCGCUACCAUUUUAUUAAUUAAAUAUAAUUGGAAUGUUAGUGAUGUUCAUGAAGCUUGGUUUGAAAACGAAGUCAAAGUUAGGGAUGGUGUCGGUUUGUUUGACGUUGACCCGGAUGUUAAGUUUCCGGGUGGGAAUAAUUUAAAUAGUAAUAAUAAUGUAGUAAUAGUUGAUUGUGGGAUUUGUUUUGAUUCGGUUAGUGUAACCGAUACUGCGAAUUGUGGGUGUGGUCAUGUUUAUUGUAAGGCUUGUUGGAAAGGUUAUGUUUCUGGCUCUAUUAAUGAUGGAAUUGGUUGUUUGAGCUUAAAGUGUCCUGAACCGAAAUGUGGGGCGGCUGUUGGGCCGGAUAUGGUGGAGGUGUUUGUCGAGGAUACGGAAUGGAAAAGGUAUCAAAAGUUUGUUGUGAUGUCGUAUGUGGAGAGUAAUAAGAAGGCCAAGUGGUGUCCUGGACCUGGGUGUGAGUACGCGGUUGAGUUUGAGGAUGAUUUUGAGAAUUUUAAUUAUGAUGUUAGUUGUGUAUGUAAGUAUGGAUUUUGUUGGAAAUGUAUGGAGGAUGCGCAUCGUCCGGUUGAUUGUGAGACGGUGGCGAAAUGGGUGUUGAAGAACAGUGCUGAGGCCGAGAAUACUACUUGGAUACUUGCGUUUACGAAGCCUUGUCCUAAAUGUAACCGGUCGAUUGAGAAGAAUCAAGGGUGUAUGCAUAUGACUUGCAGGGCGCCUUGUCGAUAUGAAUUUUGUUGGUUAUGUCUUGGUGCUUGGAAGGGACAUGCUACUAGGUCUUGUAAUAGCUAUAAUAGUAUGUUGCAGGGGGGUGUAGUUAAUGAUGCGGAAAAGCAACGAGAGAUGGCUAAGAAAGCGAUAGAGAGAUACACACAUUACUAUGAACGAUGGGCUGCAAAUGAGAAGUCAAGGAAACGAGCUCUUUCGGAUAUGCAAAAGAUUAAAACAGAACAACUCAAGAAGAUUAGUAUGAAUUACUGUCAACCCGAGACACAGUUACAGUUCAUUUUGGAUGCUUGGUUGCAGAUAGUUGAAUGCAGACGGGUGCUGAAAUGGACAUAUGCAUAUGGGUUCUAUAUACCCGCAGAUGAAGCAGGUAAAAAAAGUUUUUUUGAGUAUUUGCAGGGUGAAGCAGAGGCUGGAUUAGAAAGGCUUCAUGUUUGUGCUGAAAAGGAGCUGCAAGGUUACAUCGAAAACGCUGAAGAUAGUGAGGAACAAUUUAAUAAGUUCAGGGUAAAAUUAGCUGGUUUGACUAGUGUGACUCGCUCCUAUUUUGAGAACUUGGUUAAGGGCCUACAGAAUGGUCUUUCAGAGGUUGAUUCUCACGAGGCUCAGACCAAGACCGAUCCAGACCAGGUUGGAGCAGGCGAUCCAAGUAUCAAGGUAAGGGGGCGAAAGAGGUCUAUUAAGACUGGUGUGGAACAAUCACUAGAAAGUGCCAAGAGAAUGAGGAUCGUCAGUCGUGCAGGGACAAAUAUAACCCCGGUGGCUGGUGAAUCGUCAAGUAGUAACCGCAUAGUGAUCGAGAUAGACGAUGACUGAUACCUGGGUACACCCUGUAGCGUUUUGUUACUUGGAUCUGCUUCUUUUUGCGAGAAUAGAUGAUGGCCAUGAUUGGUGUGCAGGGUAUUUUGGUAAACUUAUUUCCUAAAACUUGUUAAAUCCUUCCUUUAGAUUUUUGCUUUUAAGUUAUAACUUGUGGAUAGAUUUUUGUUUCUAUGCGUUUACUCUUAUGAACUCUUAUCUAAGACUAAACUUAGCUAGAGGGAAAGAUUAUCUUUUAUGUAGACAUCAACUACUUAAAAUAAAUAAUGUUUGCCAUGAA